AUUGUUAUUUUAUAACUCCGUAUUUCAAUUGAAAAUCUCACGUUUUACAAUGGCAAAUCAAUUUCGACUACUACUAAACCAGAUCAGUUCCCAACUAAGUGAAAACGAAUUACGAAAUUUGGUGCAUAUGUGGGAUAUUCCUGAAGGAUUGCGGUCUGGUAUGAAAGAUGGAAUAAGUCUGUUUGAUAAUCUCAUAAAAAGAGACAUUAUUAAUGAUCACAAACUAGACAAGCUCAAAAUGAUGUUUAAAAGUCUAAGUCCCAAACGACGAGAUAUAAUCAAAGAAAUUGAAAACUUCGAGAACGGAACAUACUCACAAGAUGAUAAAUCUUCUACAAUGACGAGUGCUUGGUCCGUGAAAUCUACUCUGACGGCUCUCGCUCAUCCCAGAUCUGAUAUCGGGAAACCGACCAAAAUUUGUUGUAAACUUGACUGUCCGUGUUUGACGAUAAUCUUUAAGAAGUUUCGCUGCAAAAUACCUUGUUCAUAUAUCGUUCUGACGACAUUAUUUCUCCUUAACUUGUUAAUCGUCACUCUAUUUUGGUAUGCUAGAGUACCCCAAAUUACCGAGUUCAUCGAAUCUCAUAAACAUUUAAAAGAAGCCGGUCCAUUCAUACUUAUUGGUAUCAUUGUCGUGUAUGUUAUCUGCUUGUUUCCAACGCGAUAUUGGAGAAAACGUAGAAGCCGUCGAUCCAAUCAAAGGGCUAAACUUGAAGAUGGAAUGAAGGAAUUUCGAACAAAACGCUCCGGCAAACACCCAUGGAACAGCGCUGGUUCAGCCAAAGUUGAAAACAAUUGCCCUUCCGCUAGUACAAACUUUGGAUUUUCGAUCGAUGAGAACACAUCUAUUGUUGAUUUUGAUACUAACACCAAAAAUGAAGAUGCUGUGCCGCGCACAUCUUAAUUACGUUUAGAUUAAAGCUACCAUUAUUAUUCCUGGUCAUUAUUUGAUGUAGUAAACUCUAUAAAAGUUUAAACAAUUUUAAGUAAUAUAGACAGUUGAAACAAUCAUCACGCAGUUAUGUCAAUUUGUAUCGCAAGCAGUGCCAAGUACGUCACUUGCUGUGCUGUAAGUUUAUGAAUUUCUUGCAUUGCGAAUCAAGUACUAGUGUUCAUUCAAAGUCGUUAAUGAACUUUCAACCGACACCGUCUGUAAUAUAAGCGUUCGCUAUUGCCAUUGACAUUGGGCAAGUGAAACAUUUCAACAUACGCUGAAGGGGAAAAAUAUAUAAUCAGACGUUAAGACAUAAUCAGUUAUUGGGAGACAUAUAAGUUAUUGGGAGAAAUAAUGUACAAUACAUGUGACAACUGUGAAUUUGUAUCAUCA